ACAGGGGGACCCCGGGGAGGGCCGCCCGUUGGCUCCCCCCACCCCGGGUCCUGAACGCCCAGGGGUCGCGGCGCGUCCGCUGGGAGUGUGUCAGCCGCAGCGGUGGAGUCUGAGGCCAUGCGCAGCAGCAGCUCCAAGAGUGGAGUCUUCCUGGCUCCAGCGGCCCGAGGUUCUGAUGCUGACGCUUGCCAGAUGCUCACCAGAGCUCAACUGGGCCAGGAUCCCCCACAAAGAACAGUCUUAGGGGUGCUAACUGAGAAUGGGCAGUUCAGGAGGACCUGUGGCCAGGGCAUCACAACAGUCAGGUGCUUUUCUGGAUCAGAAAAUAUCUUCCCUCCAGCUGGAAAGAAAGUGCUCUCUGAUUGUGGGGUCCAUGAACCGGCCAAGCAAGAGUUCGAUAUCUACAUGGAUGAGCCUGAGCAGGAGGACAAAGACAGCUGCACAGGCAAAGAGAACUCCGCCUUUGAGGAUGUGUAUGAAGUAGACACCAGCACACUCAAGUCAGACCUUCACUUCCUGCUGGACUUCAGCACAGUUUCCCCUAUGCUGGUAGAUUCAUCUCUCCAUUCUCAGUCUGAAGAUGCAUCCGAUUUUGGCAAAGAUGUGAUAAACGUGACUGAGUAUGCUGACGAAAUUCAUCAGUACCUUAGAGAAGCUGAAAUAAGGUACAGGCCCAAAGCGCAGUACAUGAGGAAACAGCCAGACAUCACAGAAGGCAUGCGCACGAUUCUGGUGGACUGGCUGGUGGAAGUUGGUGAAGAAUACAAGCUUCGAGCAGAGACUCUGUACCUAGCUGUCAACUUCCUGGACAGGUUUCUUUCCUGCAUGUCUGUUCUGAGAGGGAAAUUACAACUUGUAGGAACAGCAGCUAUUCUUCUGGCUUCGAAAUAUGAAGAGAUUUAUCCACCCGAAGUGGAUGAGUUUGUCUACAUAACUGAUGAUACAUACACAAAACGACAACUGUUAAGAAUGGAGCACCUGCUCCUGAAAGUCCUAGCUUUUGAUCUGACAGUACCAACCACCAACCAAUUCCUCCUUCAGUACUUAAGGAGACAAGGAGUGUGUGUCAGAACUGAGAACCUGGCCAAGUACGUAGCAGAACUGAGUCUACUUGAAGCUGACCCAUUCUUGAAAUAUCUUCCUUCAUUGAUAGCUGCAGCAGCUUAUUGCCUGGCAAACUAUAUUGUGAACAAGCACUUCUGGCCAGAAACCCUCGCUGCAUUUACAGGCUACUCAUUAAAUGAAAUUGUGCCUUGCCUGAGUGAGCUACAUAAAGCGUGCCUCGAUAUACCCAACCGACCUCAGCAAGCAAUUAGGGAGAAGUAUAAGACUUCAAAGUACCUGCAUGUAUCCCUCAUGGAACCACCUGCAAUUCUUCCUCUACAAUAAAUUCCAGAACUGAAGCACUUCCAGAACUUAACCUCCACAUCAACAGAAUUUUGGUCUUAAUUGUCAUAGUUUCCUGCAGGUUGGGUUAACUGUAUUGCCACAAGAUAGAUGGCAUUU